UACAUUUACUACAUUACGUCUAGUCUAUGAGACCAGGCUGUUAGCACAACACGAACAGCCAAUCCCGCUCGGCUCUGCUCCCAAGUAUACCUGGAGAUUUUAGACACGAAGAAAACUAUGUCUGGACUGACAAGAGCUGAUGUUAGCAUGCCAGGUACCGAGUGAAGAAUUAAUAACGGAAUAUCAAGAAAAGAACACUGCGUGUGUUCCGGAGGCGUUCGCUGUUCGAGUGAGCACCUUUUGGUUCGGAGUGCACACACACGCACGCAUCUGAGCAGUGAUGGGCGCUUGGACGCUGCUGCUGUGCCUCCUCGCCAUUGUGAGAGGCAGCCUGGGGGCGGAUACUGAGGAGCGGUUGGUGGAGCACCUGUUAAACCCCAUCCACUAUAACAAACUGAUCCGCCCAGCGACCAAUGGCUCGGAGCUGGUGACGGUUCAGCUGAUGGUGUCACUGGCCCAGCUCAUCAGCGUGCAUGAGAGAGAGCAGGUCAUGACCACCAACGUAUGGCUCACACAGGAGUGGCAGGACUACCGUCUGACGUGGGUCCCUGAGGAGUUUGAUGGCAUGGAGAAGGUCAGACUGCCUUCCAAACACAUCUGGCUGCCCGACGUUGUACUGUAUAACAAUGCUGAUGGUAUGUACGAGGUGUCCUUCUACUCUAACGCGGUGGUCUCCCAUGACGGCAGUAUCUUCUGGCUGCCUCCAGCCAUCUACAAGUCAGCCUGUAAGAUCGAGGUGAAACACUUCCCCUUCGACCAGCAGAACUGCACCAUGAGGUUCCGCUCCUGGACCUACGACCGCACAGAGAUCGACCUGAUCCUGAGGUCCGACGUGGCCAGCAUGGACGACUUCACGCCCAGCGGAGAGUGGGACAUCAUCGCCCUGCCGGGGCGUCGCAACGAGAACCCUGCCGACCCCACCUACGUAGACAUUACCUAUGACUUCAUCAUCCGCAGGAAACCUCUGUUCUACACCAUCAACCUCAUCAUCCCCUGUGUCCUUAUCACAUCUCUGGCUAUCUUAGUGUUCUAUCUGCCCUCUGACUGUGGAGAGAAGAUGACUCUGUGUAUCUCUGUCCUGCUGGCCCUCACUGUGUUCCUCCUGCUGAUCUCUAAGAUCGUCCCUCCCACCUCCCUGGACGUUCCUCUGGUCGGGAAGUACCUGAUGUUCACCAUGGUCCUGGUGACUUUCUCUAUUGUCACCAGUGUGUGUGUUCUCAACGUGCACCACCGCUCCCCUACCACACACACCAUGCCCCCCUGGGUCAAGCUGGUGUUCCUCAACAAACUGCCUGCGCUGCUCUUCAUGCGCCAGCCCCGGAACAGCUGCGAGCGCCAGAAGCUGCGGCAGCAACGGAGGGGCCAGGAGCAGAGGGAGAGGGGCAGAGAUGGGGGCUCCGCCGGGGGGCUGAUGGUGGGCCUGGGGCUGGGGGGCGAAGGGGGUGGCACGGAUAACAACGACCCCUGUACGUGCUACGUGAACCGGGCGUCCGUGAAACAGUUUGUAGGGGAGCUGGGAGGGGGCGCAGGGGGAGGGGGGUCGAUGGAGGGGCUGAAUGGGCUGAGGGAGGGCAGGGAGGGGGGGCAGGGGAACCGGCCUCGGGGGAAACAGGGAGGGGGGGGCCCAGCCCUGACCCAGGCCGUGCUAGGACAGGCCUGCCCUGGGUUCGAGGAGGCUGUCGACGGGGUCCGCUUCAUCGCCAACCACAUGAAGAGUGAAGACGACGACCAGAGCGUGAGCGAGGACUGGAAGUAUGUUGCGAUGGUGAUUGACCGUCUGUUCCUGUGGAUCUUUAUAAUCGUGUGUGUGUCCGGAACGGUCGGGAUGUUCCUCCAGCCACUGUUCCAGAACUACACUGCCAAGACCAUCACCAACACCAACGGCUGACCAACCAGGUGCCCUGCAGCCUCGAUGGACACCACCCCCAACCAAUCAGCACAGCAGGACAGGGGCAGGAGGGCGGGACCAACCCAGAGGGGGAAGUGGGUUUUAUUAAGUCUGUGGACAGCAGCCACACCUGUUAACCUUUAUGGCCUUUCUACUGAACUGUUCUGAACUGAAGAACUAAACUAAACACCAACAGUAUUAAAGACAGUUUUUUUUUCAGAGGAGGGAUUAAUGGAUGGACAUAUCUUCCUUUUUUCCCAGAGGAAGGUGGAGAUAUCCCUCUCUGGCAGAAGCCAAUCUUGGAGAGAGGACACUCUAUAGUGGUUGACUUCCUGUAGAACGCUACGCCAGCCAAUCAAUGCUCUUCAUUCCAAGCUGACUGUGCAAGCUUACUGAGAGUAUAUCGUCCCACCUCCAACUGGUACAGAACUUAAUGCUUCAGUAACAGAACCUUGAUUGGCGACUGUGUCUACCAAUCAGAAAAAUGGAAAGGCGGGGGGGGGUUGGGGUGUCAAGGUUCAUAAUUGUUUUUCCAAGCCGCUUCAGUUUAACCAACUGAUAGUACAGUACAGUAUAUUUUAUCAUAGAGUAGCAGUGUACCACAAUAUAGCUUUGAGUGUAAUAUUAUUGUGAUUUCUCUGUGUCUGUUCCUGAUAGAAAGGUAUGGUGCAGUGGUUUGUUGUAUGAUUCUCUACGUUUUUAAACAAGAAUGUGAUAUUACCUGUGACACAGACACUAACACUAUAUGUGUAGAAGCAACAGAUCGUGAAGGAGAGGGAUGAAAGAUGGAGAGAUAGUGACAGGGAGUUAGAUGGAAUGAGAGGGAGUAGUUACGGUGAAUCCCAAACCACCCCCUCGCCCCUACCAACUCCCUCGGAGGGCCCUCCGUUGUCACGUGUUGCUGACGAAACUCCAAGGUUGACUUCCAGAGAGUAGUGAUGGGAUCAAUAAACCCAUCAAUUUUGGGACACACUCGUGACUUGAAUGAUGCUUUUGUGUUCCUUUUUAAAAUAAUAAAACAAGUAUGAAAUUCAAAUGAACAAAUAACCCCUGUUGCUUUACAAGAUUUAAACAGUUAAACGUUUAAUUUGGGAGGUAUUUAAUCCGUUACAUGUGUCAAGUCUCGGAAUCAGACAUAAACAAAUGCAUGUUGAAUAUAAUUAGGCACGCCUCUCAAUUUUUUAAAAUGUAAUUGGGCAAACUCCAAAUAUAUUGCAGUGUGUGUCGGGAUAGUACUUCGCUUUGAAGCCUGCAUCCAUGCUGGCUAAGUUGAAGUGGCCAUAGGAGGGUCUAAUUAGCCCUUACACCCUCCAUCAUUUUCACUCCCUCAGCUUUGGGACACAAAUGGCGGAGGCGCGCGUGAAUGUGCAAAUGGAGUGCCGAGGGGCUAGGCGAAGGGGGUGAUUUGGGAUUCAGCCUUAGAUAGAGAAAGAUAAAGGUGUAGGAUGUCUGCCUAUACAGCUCUAUUGGGAUAAUAGCAGCCUGUGCCAUCGGGUACAGUUGCAAGGGGAUGAGUCUAGAUUCAGUCCGUUCCUGGGAAACUGAGACUGGGUUGAGCCAAUAUGGAGUAAAUUCCCUCCUUUUACAGUUGAGCCAUGAUUGCACAAAAUUGGGUGGUCGAAUAUAGAACUGACAGAUGAUAUGUAUUGUUGGAAUAAUGAUGUUUUCUCAUGAAACAGAAGCUAUUGUGUGUUACGAAUGUUUGCACAAAUGUUAAUUUCUGUCAUCGCUGUGAUUCACAUUAUCAGAGUAAGACAGUGUCUCACUCUUUCUCUGUCCUCUCCUCUCCUCCUUCCCCCUCCUCUCCUCUCCUCUCCUCUCCUCCUUCCCCCUCCU